CAAACCAAUGUCUCGUUAAAUAUCGCCAUCACAGGAGAAAGUGGUGCAGGUAAAUCCACCUUUAUUAAUGCCUUCAGGGGGAUAAAGAACAGAGACGAGGGAGCUGCUCCUACUGGUGUCACAGAAACUACGUCAGAGGUCACACCGUACCCCCAUCCAGAUAAUCCCAACGUCACUUUAUGGGAUCUUCCUGGAAUCGGAACCAAAGACUUCCCAGCAAGGAAAUACCUGAAGCUUGUUGGGUUUGACAAGUAUGACUUCUUCCUCAUCAUCUCAGACACUCGCUUCAGAGAAAACGACGUGAAACUCGCUCAGAAGAUUAAGAAGAUGAAGAAAAAUUUCUACUUUGUUCGCUCAAAGAUCGACAACGAUAUCCGAGCCGAGGAAAGUGUUUCAGACUCCAGCAAAGAGAAAACUCUCACAAAAAUCAGAGACGACUGCAUUCAGCAUUUAGGCAUCGAGUCUCCACGAGUCUUCCUCAUGUCGAGUUUUCAGCUCCACAAGUUCGACUUCUCUCUCUUACAAGAGACCUUAGAGAGAGAGCUUCCCAAAGAUAAGAGGGACACCCUGCUGUAUGUCAUGCCCAACGUCAACCCCGACGUCAUCAGCAAGAAGAAAAAAGCUUUAAAGGUACACUUAUAUCUCUUGGCCACUCUGUCUGCAGCUGCUGCAGCUGUUCCCGUUCCCGGGCUUUCUGUUGCUGUUGAUGUUGCUGUGCUGAUUGGUGCUGUCACACAUUUUGUACAUGCGUUUGGUCUCGAUGUCCAAUCUCUGAAGAGACUCGCUAUCAGAACAGCUGUGUCAUACACUGAGCUGCGUGAUGUCAUCAUUUCACCAGUGGCUGCGAAGGAAAUUACUAAAGAGCUCUUCCUGAAGGUGUUCGCCCAACUUGGAGGAGCAGCUGGAUUAAUUGGAGCAGAGGAAGUGUCCAGAUUCAUUCCCAUAGUGGGAAUCCCGGUAGCCAUGAGCCUCUCCUUCGUCACGACCUACAGAGUUCUGAACUUUAUCCUCAACCAGCUCGCUGAAGACGCUCAGAAGGUGUUAAAGAAGGCUCUGGUCUGAGCGUGGAAGUAAAAGGCAAUGAAACUCAGUGAAACUGGGAUUCACACAUGAAACUCAUUAAACCAGUCUCCUUGUACAGCUGGUCAGCUUCACACACUCAAGCUUUUCUCAUCAUCACAUAAAUACAGAAACAAACAUCAUCAUAUUAUUCAGAUAUGAACUGUGUAAAGUGUAGAAGUCUGAGUCAUUGUCAUGUUUUUUCCUUUGUGUAAGUGCUUCCUCAGGACAGUCAUCAGGAGAUACGAUGACCCACCUUCAACUAGUUGCGGCAGAUGGCUGCACUUCCUGGGUCUCCUUCCUGUUAAAGGCAGUUUUUCCUUCCCUCUGUCACCAGGUCUUUGGUCACAGAGUGAUGUCUGAUUGUUGGGCUUUUCUCUGAUUUGUAGGGACUUAACUGAACCUAAUUUAUCUGAGCUGUUUCUACCUUUACUCAAACGUGUCUUGUUGUUUGAAUAAAUUGUGAUGAAACUGGU